AUACUUUUAUAUUUUGACAGGAGGUUUUAGCCCUGACCUAAACAAAAGACGCUUCUUCAUUCAAAACUUAAACGUUAGAGCAGCCGAUUCACAAAUUUAUUCUGCAGGUUACAACCUUCGAUUUGUUCUGCUUUCCCAAGGAACUUGGUUCAGGUGAUAUUUGAUAUUUUAGCAGCAAGGGAUUAGAAUAUUUGCCUCGCAGGUUUUGCUUUGAAUGGCAUUGGUCGUAAUCUGUGGGCAACCAUGUAGUGGUAAGUCAACAGCUGCCCUCUUGCUUGCGGAAUCUCUCAAGGAAUCAGAUUUGAAUCCACCGGUUAAGAUCAUUGAUGAAACUUCUUUGCAUCUUGAUCGUAACCAAAGCUACGCUAACAUGAUUGUUGAGAAGAACGUUAGGGGAGUGCUUAGGUCAGAAGUUGAUAGAUCUUUGAAUAAGGAUAGUAUUAUUAUAGUGGAUUCUUUGAACAACAUUAAGGGUUAUCGGUAUGAGCUGUGGUGUUUGGCUCGUGCUGCAGGAACUAGAUAUUGUGUUGUUUAUUGUGAUGUUGAAGAAGAUUACUGUAGAAAAUGGAAUGAAGAGCGCAGGGAGAGAGAGGAAGUUGGUUAUAAUGAUAAGAUAUUCGAUGAUUUAGUGAGAAGAUUCGAGAAGCCGGAUAGUAGAAACCGAUGGGAUUCACCUUUGUUCGAGUUAUGGCCAUCGAGAGACGGAAUAGAAAAAACUUCUACCGCUAUUGUAGAUGCUGUAUUGUACUUGACCAAAAGAGUAGAUUCUAAGACGAGGGAUGUAAAGGUUUUGCAGCCGACCAUAGCAACACAGGGUGCACGUUUUUCAGAGGCCAACUCCCUAUACGAAAUGGACAAAGCUACCCAGGAAGUCGCAAAUGCCAUAGUGGAAGCUCAGUCUUUGGCAAUGGGAGGAAAUGUGAAUGGACUAUCUCUUGGUCCAGACAUACCAACCAUCAGUCUCUCAAGAACAGUUGCCUUACCCGAACUACGCAGAAUUAGACGGACUUUCAUAAAGCUGACAGGGCAAUCGAGCUUGAGCGGGGCACCUCCGCCCUCAGAUGCCAACAGCACAAAAAGGAUGUUUGUGGAUUACUUAAACAGAGAAUUGGGAAGUGGUUGAUUCCAAGGUACAGCAACAAACCUUUUUAUGUGGCCUAAUAGUGAAUUCAAUUUACUCCAACUACCUUUAUUUAUCUUCAUCAAGACUUGUACUCUAAUAAUGGUUGUGUGUACUUGUAUCGAAACUGUCAUUGUACUUGAAUCAGAAUGCUAAAUUCUCAUCACAACUCUUCAAUACAAAGAAAAUAUUGAAACCA